UCUUCGAAAGCCCUUUCGUGCAUUCAGGCCUUUCCUCAGAUUAUUUCCCACCCCCACGACCGCAUACAGCCUCCCUAGACGAACAGCCCCCACCUCAGGGCUCUCUUCACAUGGUUGCUCCUGGAACUGCACACAACCCCCUUCAAACUGGGCCCCCCAUCCCACGAGAACCCCUCUUCUCAGCCAAGAGCCCUUCUCUCACUCCGGAAACAUGCUCUUCACGCGGGAGCCCCCCCAGUCUUUGGAGUACGCACCGUCCCCGUCCCGGGGGGCUCUUACCUGCUCCCGAGGGUCCCGCUUCCAUCCCAUAUACCCGUGCGGAGGUCAGGCGGCCCAGAGACUGUGGAGUCCAGCGUGAGGGGCCUAGGGAGCCCGCACUCUCGCCGCUCGGGCUCCCGGGCCGGGCUCGGCUGCCCCCCCAAGCCCGGCCGCUCGCGCCGACAACCCCGCAACCUCCGUUGCCGUUGCCGCCGCCGCCGCCGCCGCCGCCGCCGCCGCCGCCGCGGAGCCUGCAGCAGCUCCUCCUACGAGCUCCCGGGCAGCUGCCAGUGCGCAGGCGCGACCGCUUGGCCCAGGGGGCGGACGGGAACGAGUCAAGCGGGGCGCUCCGACGGCAACAAAGGCCAAUGGAGAGGGGCGGGGGCACGGGGACCGGAGGCAGCGGCCCCUGGCGGUCACCCGUCGUCGUGCAGCCCGGAGGGAGGGCUCAGGUAGCGGCGCCGCGGAAACAGUAGUGCCGGGUGCUGGGCGCUGAGACAACAGACUUGUGAGAGACCCUGCCUACCCUGGAAGAUGUCACAGUCUUAAUUUAAGUGCGGUUACAGACCUCUGUCUACAGGACCUGCAAGGCACCUGCUUCCACUUUCUCAUCCACUCAGCUCAUGAUAGCUGCUGUCAUGAGCAGGUCAAUCUGCUUUUCCCACCAAGUCAUUUAAAUGACUUUUUGUGUCAAAGUCCAAAAGAUAGUAUUUAAUUAUUUCUCUGCAGCAUCUGACACUGUAUCUCUCCUUUAAAAAAAAAAAAUGACUUCUACUUGGCCUGGGCAUUUUUGAAGUCUCCUUAGUUAAUGCUUCUGACCUUUUCAAUUUUCUUCAAGGGCCUCUCUUGCUUUUACCCCAAUAAAUAAGUGUUCACUGUA